CAGAUAGAGACUGAGUAUUGUAAGAAAGUAGACCACGAGAACAGAAGGUUCCAGAACGUGAUGGCACAGCAAAAAAAUCAGCACCUGUUUUCACUGAGACAGUGGAGGGUGACCAAGAGAUUCUUCAAUGGCGAAGGAGGGGCUUGGAAGGACAAGUAAGUCACUUAGUCUGGUCUAGUGACUCACAUUGUUUGAAUGGUCUCGGCCAGGGGUCUGCAACCUUUUUUGAUUGAGGAGCCACUUUUAUAAAGUAUAUCUACUGAGCCAAUAUUUUGGGACUGCUGGUCUUGGUUGAAUAUUUAAAUGUUAAGUUGCCCUUGAUAUAGAUUUUUUUCUUAGUGAGGUAACUUUAUAUUCUAACUCUAGCUUAUAAAAAAUGUGUUAUGUGCUCCUGUUAUCUCCAGACAUCAACAAGUGGUCCACUGGAAACUGUCUAACCAAGAAAACUUUCAGCGCAUGAAAGUAAAACUGACUCAGAACUACAAUUUUGAUAGUCACAUCAAUGCCAGCCACCUCAGGGACAAUGUGGGUAUGUAAUGCACAGGGGACCCCAGCAAUCUCAGGUACAAUGUGGGUAUGUAUAGCACAGGGAACCCCAGCCAACUCAGGGACAAUGUGAGUAUGUUUAACUCAGGGGCCCCCAGCCAACUCAGGGACAAUGUGAGUAUGUUUAACUCAGGGGCCCCCAGCCAACUCAGGGACAAUGUGAGUGUGUACAACACAUGAACCCCAGCCAACUCAGGGACAUUGUGGGUAUGUUUAAUACAGGGGCCCCCAACCAACUCAGGGACAAUGUAUGUAUAACACAGGGGCCCCCAGCCAACUCAGGGACAAUUUAUGUAUAACACAGGGGACCCCAGCCAACUCAGGGACAAUGUGUGUAUAACACAGGGUUCCCAAAAUCUCCAGGGACAAUGUAUGUAUAACACAGGGUUCCCAUACUUCAGGGACAAUGUAUGUAUAAUACAGGGUUCCCAUACUUCAGGGACAAUGUAUGUACAACAUAGGGUUCCUAUACUUCAGGGACAAUGUAUGUAUAACACAGGGUUCCCAUACUUCAGGGUCAAUGUGGGUAUUCACUUUGUGAUAGGGAUACCCGGUCACUUCAUGGACAAUGUGGGUAUGCACUCUAACACAAGGGUCCCCGGUUAUUUUGGGGAUAAUGUGGGUUUUUAAUAUUGGGAUUCCCAGUCAUCUCAGGGAAAAUUUUGAUAUUUUUAGGAUCAAUUGAUUCUGGGACAUCACUCUGCUUAGAAGAAC